CUAACGUGAUGAUCAGCGACUCGGUCAUCGUCGAUGAGGACACGCCCGGGUUUUAUAACGUCACCAUUGCUGCUUCCGGCGCGCUGACGUUUGACCCGAAAGUUGACCUUAAGUUUCGAGCGGCGAACAUUCAUCGUCAACGGUCGGUUUGAGAUUGGUAGCGAAGACUGUCAUUACACCGGGAACCUCGAGAUAACUCUGACUGGAACGCGCACGGACCAUGCUGGCGAAAGGGACCCCAAGGCCAUUCCUGGUGACGUCGGGUGGCACCCUGGAGAUCCACGGAGAUCCCAAGCGCGCCUGGACCAAGCUACAAGGGACACUUCUUACGGACAAUAAAAACAAGGCCAUCCUUUAUGACCAUGAGAUAAACGGAACAGAAAACACAUGGAUCGAAGGUAUCGGGGCGUACACCGUGGCUCUGAAAGGGAACUCGUAUGAGAUUGUCAAGUGGGGAAUCUACCACCUGAGCUGGAUGAGCCAACAACUUGCUGCGCACAUCAACAGCGUUCGAGACGGAGAGAUCCUGAUGAUGGCCAGCCAAAUGCGGAUAUUCGUUGACGUCAUCAUAAAAGACCGCUUCCUCGUAUACGACGCGCUCGAGACGCUGGUUUCCGGAGAGCAAACAGGGAAGUCCAUUCUCCGGUCGCUGGACACAAGUGAUGGAAGCACGUGGGCAUUCAUUAUGCAGAAAGGAAACCCGGGCAGCGUUCAGGAGACCAGUCAUCCCAAGGGCGUCACAUCCCAGGCCGUGUUCAAAGCGCCUAACGGUCUCGUUCUUAUGUCUGAGACCAAGGGAGACGCUGGUGCCCUAUGGAACCAACGCGACAACUUCCGGAUCGCCUCUAGCCUGGACGGAGUGUACCCACGUGUUACGGUCAUUGAUGACGUUACCACGUGGCUUCCAGGAGACAAGGUCGCCAUAGCAACCACGGACUUCGACCCGAUCCAGACAGAGGAAGCGGAGAUAGUGUUCUGUGGGGACUGUCUACACAACCAGUUCCGGAUCAGGCAGCGUCCAGUGUACGAGCAUUACGGAGAGAUUGUGGCCGGAAGUGUGGACAUGCGGGCGGAAGUGGCUAUGCUGACCCGGAAGGUGGUUAUCCGUGGAGCGAUGGAGGCAGUGUGCCCGCAGAACAACGGAAACUGCCAAGACCCAAUCGUAAACGGACUCGAUACGUUUGGAGCGCACAUCAAGAUUCUACGUGGCUUCGCAAAUGCCCGGAUGUCCAAUUUUGAGCUCCGCCAGGCCGGUCAGCAGACGGAUUUGGGCCGCUAUCCGAUACACUUCCACAUGACGUUCAACAAGACUACGUCUGCCGCCGUGCCUUACAUCCGGUCUGUCAGCAUUCACAAUACGUUCGCCAGGUGCAUCACGAUACACGGUUCCCAUGGCAUAAUGGUGAAGGACAACGUGUGCUAUCGACCCAUGGGCCACGGCUUCUUCCUGGAAGACGGCGGUGAGAUGAACAACGUAUUCGACGGCAACCUUGCCAUGAACGUCCUAAAGGGCACGCUGGAACCUGCAGACAAGUUUCGCCCAUCUGGAUUCUGGAUAACGAACCCCAAGAACUCCGUCCUGAACAACGUGGCGGCCGGAGGUUACGGCAACGGCAUCUGGUUCAUAUUUCCGGAAUCGCCACUUCCGCCCUCGAGGGACUUCAUUCAGCAGGAGGGAUUGAUGACCGCGGGAGAGGCUAAAAGGACUAUGAUAUCCGCCUUUGAGAAUAACCUGGCUCACUCGCAGGACGGGUUCGGUAUCAUGAUUGGCAACCGGCUCAAGGAUGACCGCAACCUGGACUGCUGCAACAUGUGGCAACCCCUUGCAGACCCCAAGAACAACACGUCGGCCGAGCUACAAAUACCCCUGCAGCGGAUCACAGGCUAUAAGAACAGGGGGGUCAAUGUUUGGAUCGAAGGAGGGCUUCUGGACGUGUCUCGUGUGUCAUCUGCUGACAGCUUAAAUGGCGUCUUUGUUACAAACGAGGGUCAGCAGUUUCAGAGGGCGGGAAAGUUAAGCCGCUCAGUCGUGAUUGGUCAGAGUCCCAACAAGGGUGUGCCCACCUUUGCUGGUGUGGACCACAGCAUUCCCAUCCCUUGGGCACCAUGGGCGCAUUUCGUCCAGACCGGGAUCACGAUGUGGAAGGGACCCACCAAAUAUAGCGACAUCUGGUUUGAUAAGUUCACCUCCAACAGCGUUUACGAUAUAGCUGCCAUCGGCAAGAAUCGCCAAUCGCCUAUUUCUUCUCCGUUCAGACAGAGUUCACAAAUAUCAGUUUCGCGUUCGACGAUCAGGGAGGCGGAGGAACUUAUGCAAUUUCCGGUAACAAGACACAUCGCGGCUGGGAAAACAAUCUCGACGGAGAGCUGAUUUCCGGUUUCACUUUAAAUACCCGAACGGACGGAUCUAACGUCAAGCAAUACGUA